AUGUCAAUGUCCCUCCAAAACAUCUGGCAUCUGCGCCGAGUAGCAGAUACAGCCGCCAAGGCAUGUUACAUUUGCUACAAGCCAUCGAGUAGUGUAUUAAUCACCCCUGAUAAUCGGGACUUCUUCUACGUCUGCCCCUCUCACCUCCAAGACCGCCACUUCUGCUCUCCUAUUGUCGAUACAGAAGCGGCGGCCGCCAAGGCCAAAGAAGAGGCUAUGGCGAGGGAGAUUGAGAGAGUGAAGAGGGAGUAUGAGGAGAAGCAGCAGCGGAAGAAGAACAAGGACGCUGAGAAGGAGAAGGAUAAGAAGGAAGAUGAUAAAGACAAGGAAAAGGAUGAUAAGUCUGCUACGAAGAAGGGGGAUGAGGAGGAUAAGAAAAUGCAAAAGGAACGGGAUGAUAAGAUCGAGAGUAUCAAGAAAUCGACCACCUCGUCGGAUGACUCGCCGAGGGUAUUUGCGUUGCAUAAGAACUUCUAUCAGAUGCGUAUUGACAGGAUGCGCAAUGCUGAGAUGGCUAGAAGGAAUCGUCAGCGUUUACAGGAUCCUUCUCUGUUCCCGUCUGUCCCGACUGGGGGGCUGUGA